AUGACCCCACAACCCGGGGUCACUCAGCAGCACGUAAUCACCCCGCAGGCGAACGGCUACAUCCUUGGUCAGGGCCCCCCGUCUCAGAUUCGCCCACCACCCCCUGGUGUCACCAGGGUUUACUACGAGAACCCGACAACCGAGAGCCAACUUGCCGCCGCGGGUGGCUCCAUCGCCAAUCAGAACGCUUCUCCGGGGUCGGCGCCCGUGGCUGGCGUUGUGCGAGUAAUCCACCUGGAUUAUGUUGUGUACAACCGCUCAGUCACCAAACAGAUCUCUCUGGUUCAACCGUCGACUUCAAAGGGUUCGAAAUCUAGCGCCGCGGCCGCCGAUCGGGAGUGGGACUGUAUUACCCCUUGGAACGAGAACAUAUGGAAGACCGCGCUAGAAUCAUGGUCCUGGCCUAAUGCCCAGGCGGUCAUAAUCACGUUGCUUGGGGAAUAUCGCGAUCACAUUACCAAGCACCUGACAGCUCUUCACGAGGAGGGCCUCCUCAAGUGGCAAUGUAUCAUCAAUAAUCACGGGACGUAUGGCGUAGGAGCCAAGUAUUACGUGUACUCCGAUGAGGAUUUCCAUCCCUUUGUUCAGACUAUGCUUACCAAGCCAAAAUCGAAGGUGACUAUUAAGAUCGUCAUGGACGACCCGCGUCGGCACGCAAAAGACAAGAUAACUGAACAAGCGGAGAAUGACAGCCUUGCGAUGAGCUAUGCAGAAGACGAUGACCGCUUGGCCUUACAGAGGGUGCAAGCCCGCUUGGCAAUCAAUCUGAUGCAGCCUUGUCUAGCCCAAGGCGAUGUUGCCUCAGGCGUGCGCACAAAGUUCGUGGCCGAGAUCACUCAGCACAUCCUGGUGACCUAUGGCGGGGAUAGCGAGUCCAUGCGUAUCCAAGACCCUGAGGACACCAGACAUUCAAUUCGCGUGACGCGAGAAUGUCUUUACAUCUGGGCCCGCGCCUUGGUUGCUGAGGCAAAAGGCGUCACCACCGAGGUUCCCCCCAAAACCAAGGAGUUUGUAUCUGAGGCGGUGACGGUGUACACCCUGGCCGAGCAGAAAGCGAAGGACAAGCGCCGGGCCUCCAGGGCCAGAACCACCGAUGCACCUGCCCCAGCGGUCAAAUUCACCGCUCCUCGUCGAACGGCGUCGGGUAGGAUUCGGCCCCCUCGUAUCGACAUGUCUGGAGUGACUGACGUGGACUCCUUCGAGACCCCGGAUGAGCUCCUUGCUGCCAGCACUCCGGCCACCUCUAAGCCUUCCGGUGUCGCCACAACCAAGGAGCAACUCACCACCCCAGUUGAUCAACAACGUCGUGGAUAUGCUCGACGGGAGUCAAUUGCGUCACAUGAUUCGUCCGUCGUCAGUUCAGCCGCAAACUUACCCCAAGCGACUAUACCCCAGGACAACACCCCUUCUGAGUGGUCCGCGGGGCCGGCUUCUGAACUCGCUUACACGCCUGUGGACAGCACGGACGGGACCGACAUCGAGUGCGUCUCAGGCGGGGCCAAAGGGCCAGACUGUACUCGCUCCCCCGCCCGCAAGAUUCCCAGGAGCCCCGCCGGAGGGAUGGGGAUUGCCCACACGAUCAGCCGGCUCGAUUACAACAGACAUCGAAGUCCUUUGGCCGGGCGGCCGGCGUCGCCUACGAGGAAGGUGCCGAGUACCCAACGGUCGGCUAGCUUGGUCUCGGAGCAUGCAGGCAGAUUGGGCGGACGUAUUGGGCUCCCGGCUCUGAACGCCUCUGGACGGGCUCUGACCAUCGAGGCGUUCUUGGACUUCUGCAAUUUUGAGAAGGACGACCCGGUCCCUCGCUUCCUCAUCAAAUUGAAUCAUAUCCGCCACUGGGAUUUUUUCUACUGCGACACCAAUGUCGCCCAACUCCAGGGCAUGGGCUUCCCUUACCCCAUUGCCACCCAACUCAUGAACGGGGCCAACGGUUUGGAGAAGACCCACACGGAAUCCACGGGUACUGAAAUGGUUACCCAAGUCCCCGAAUCAGAGAGCCAAGAUGACAGUGAGGACCGUAAUCCCUACCCCCCCUCGCCCGAGUACUAGGGCCUCCCGACCGGGCAUAUCCAUCAUAUCUUCGACCGCACGGUCGACCCUUGAAACUCCUGCUUGUUGGUUUCCUGUGCAACGUCGUUUGC